AUGCCUUCUACUAUUCCUAGCCCCGCCGGAGUUCCGAUCUUGGGUAAUGUUUUUGACGUUAACCCCAAUGAGACAUGGAACUCUCUAAACAAGCUCGCCAGAGAAUUUGUUGAUGCAGGCUCUAUUUUCAAAAUCAACGUCCUUGGACACCAACUCGUCUUCAUCGGUAGUGUCGCCCUGUUAGAGGAGAUUUGCGACCAGACCCGCUUCCGCAAGUGCGUGACAGGACCUGUGGUGGAGAUUAGAUACGCUGUCAACGACAGUCUGUUUACCGCAUACGAUGAUGAGGCCAGCUGGGGCAUUGCCCAUCGCAUCAUGAUGCCUCACCUCACACAGUCUGCGACCGACAGCCUUUUCGGCGACAUGGCCGAGGUCAUCCCCGACCUCACCAACAAGUGGAGCAAGAGCCCCAAGCAGCGCACUUUGAUCACUAAGGAUCUCGACCGUCUCCUGCUUGCCUCGUGCAAGCAGUGCUUCUUUAACCAGCGCGUGCAUGUUCUCGAGGGCGCCGAGCCCCCGAUGAUUAACGCCAUGGAAGCCGCCACCAUGGAAGCGAUGAAGCGCCCUACUCGCCCCGCCCCGUUGAACUGGCUCUACCAGCGUCGCUUCGCAAAGGACACCAAGAUCAUGCGUGACUUCUCAGCCGAGGUCAUCAAGAUCAGAAGAACUCAGCCCGAGACCGUUCGCAAGGAUAUCCUCGAUGCCAUGAUCAAUAACAAAGACCCCCAGACCGGCGAGAAGCUCGCCGACUCCCAAAUCAUCGAUGAGAUCAUCUCUUGCUUUAUCGGUGCCGCCACCGCACCUAACCUCAUCGCCUUUGCCCUAUACUACCUAAUGGAGAACCCCUCCGCCGUGGAGAAGGCCCAUGAGGAGCUCGACCGUGUCGUCGGCGACGGCAAGAUCGACCUCGAGCAUCUGAAGGAACUCCACUACGUUGAAGCCAUCCUUCGUGAAUCCAUCCGUCUCUCCGCCCCUGCCCCCGGCUUCAACAUCGAGCCCAUCCCAUCCGAUGACAAGAGCCCCAUCCUGCUCGGUGGCGGCGAAUACCAGAUCCCCCACAACCAGCCCAUGAUCGCGGUCCUGGGCCAGGUCAACCGUGACCCGGCUGUCUUCGAAGACCCCGAGGCUUUCAAGCCUGAGCGCGUGCUCGGUGAGAAGUGGGAUCAGCUUCCUGCUGCGGCUAAGAAGGGCUUCGGUAACGGUAAGCGCGAGUGCAUUGGUAAGCUCUGGGCUUGGCGCUGGUCGUUCUUCACUCUCGCUAGUAUCCUGAAGGAGACUAAGUUCGAGUUGGCGGAUCCCAACUACAAGCUUGAGUCCAAUGGUGCGUUCAGUGUGAAGCCGCUUAACUUCUAUGGUCUUGUGAGCCCGCGCAAGUAG